UUUUCUUUCUUUUUGACCCGACAACCGGUUAUGGAUAUAUUCGAAUGCAGGUGGAUAUAUACGAUAAACGAAGCUCCGUUGGCGGAAAAGUGGGUUCGUAUGUAGACAAACGCGGGAACCACAUAGAAAUGGGUCUCCAUGUUUUCUUUGGCUGCUAUAGCAAUCUUUUCCGUUUGAUGAGAAAGGUUGGUGCUGACAAAAAUUUCCUAGUCAAGGAUCAUACUAAUAUUUUUGUGAAUAAAGGUGGCGACGUUCGCGAAAUUGAUUUUCGGUUCCCAAUUGGAGCACCAUUUCAUGGAAUUCAAGGAAUUAUGAAGACAAAUCAGCUUGAGGUACAUACUAAUUAUAAUUUCCAAUAA